CGACGCACCGAGGAGAACCAGCGGGGUGUCACAGCCCGUGUGAAAGCGUGACAGCUGUUUUUGAGAACUCUGGUAGGUUUUUUAAUCUCACAUUGAACCAGCCCAAGAGCCAUCCGGAUGAUCUGAGAGACAAACCAGCAAUGGAAGGCAAAGUCGUCGCUAUCUCUGGAGGAGCAUCUGGCAUUGGUCUUGCGACUGCCAAGCUCAUCUCGUCUCGAGGUGCAACAGUUUGUAUCUCAGACGUCGACCCCAAAGCUCUGGAAGGAGCAACAUCACACUUCACUCCCCUCGGCGUCCCUUUCACCGUCACCAAAGUCGACGUAACCAAGCGGUCUGAUGUGGAUUCCUGGAUCCACGGCAUCAUCGAGAAAUAUGGCAAGUUAGAUGGAGCUGUGAACGGUGCUGGAAUCAUAGGGAAAUAUCACGGAGUUACCAAGUUGGCUGAUGUGGAAGAUGAGGAGUGGGAUCGGAUCAUGGCGGUCAAUUUGACGGGGUUGAUGUACUGCCUAAGAACUGAGUUGAAGAAGAUCUCGGAUGGAGGUUCCAUCGUGAACAUUUCUUCCAUUCAGGGAGUCAUGGGUUUUCCAGGAAGUGCAGCAUACUCGGCGAGCAAGCACGCCGUCGUUGGGUUGACUCGAUGUACGGCGAAGGAAGUUGGUAAUCGGGAGAUUCGUGUGAACGCCGUGGCUCCAGGAGCUAUCAUGACGCCUCUGUUGCUUCAAGCACAGGAAGGGAAUCCCGAUGAGGGGAAGGACAAUCCCACCGCCAUCAAGAGGAACGGAACCGCAGAAGAGAUGGCGAGUAUCAUUGCUUUCUUGUUGGGACCUGAGAGCUCCUAUGUGACUGGCGCUGUGUAUGGAGGGGAUGGGGGAUGGAAUUGCUGAAGGUGCUGGGGUCACCAAAUCUGAGCUCGAAUCGAACUUUGGGGAGGAGAUAUGAUGGUGAGUGCUGUGACAACAAGAUGUCUGUUUCAAAAUAGGUGGAACGCGAUCUAUCAGAAAGUAGAAGAUGUCUUUAUCCAAACGUGUACAAAUUUUUGACGCUUGACUUGAACAAGAAACAACAAAUAGUUGCAAGAUUCC